ACGCGUGCGCGGUGGGCGGAGCGCGGCUCUCCUGCCUUCUUUGCCAGCCCAGUGCUUCCCAGCCUUGGCGGCCGGUGUGGUGCUCGUGUUUCACCGCCUCGUCGCGGAGAGUCGCUGCCGAGUGGGCGCUCGGUUUUCGGGUCGUCAUGGCUGGUUACGAAUACGUGAGCCCGGAGCAGCUGGCUGGCUUUGAUAAGUACAAGUACAGCGCUGUGGAUACCAAUCCUCUCUCUCUGUAUAUCAUGCACCCAUUUUGGAACACUGUAGUAAAGGUAUUUCCUACUUGGCUGGCUCCCAAUCUUAUAACCUUUUCUGGCUUUUUGCUGGUUGUAUUCAAUUUUCUGCUUAUGGCCUACUUUGAUCCCGACUUCUAUGCUUCAGCACCUGGCCACAAGCAUGUGCCUGACUGGGUCUGGAUUGUGGUGGGCAUCCUCAACUUUAUAGCCUACACUCUAGAUGGUGUGGACGGGAAGCAAGCCCGUAGAACCAACUCCAGCACCCCUUUAGGGGAGCUGUUUGACCAUGGCCUGGACAGUUGGUCCUGUGUUUAUUUUGUUGUAACUGUGUACUCCAUCUUUGGACGAGGACCAACUGGUGUCAGUGUUUUUGUUCUUUAUCUCCUGCUAUGGGUGGUUUUAUUUUCUUUCAUCCUGUCCCACUGGGAAAAGUACAACACAGGAAUUCUUUUCCUGCCGUGGGGAUAUGACAUUAGCCAGGUGACAAUUUCUUUUGUCUACAUAGUGACUGCAGUUGUGGGAGUUGAGGCCUGGUAUGAACCUUUCCUGUUUAAUUUCUUAUAUAGAGACCUAUUCACUGCAAUGAUUAUUGGUUGUGCGUUAUGCGUGACUCUUCCAAUGAGUUUAUUAAACUUUUUCAGAAGCUAUAAAAACAACACCUUGAAACACAAUUCUGUAUACGAAGCUAUGGUUCCCUUCUUUUCUCCAUGUUUGCUAUUCAUUUUGUCUACAGCAUGGAUCCUCAGAUCACCUUCAGAUAUUUUAGAGCUACAUCCCAGAAUUUUCUACUUUAUGGUUGGAACAGCCUUUGCUAACAUCACAUGUCAGCUGAUUGUUUGUCAGAUGAGCAGUACCCGUUGCCCAACUUUGAAUUGGUUGCUGGUUCCUCUCUUCGUGGUUGUCAUGGCAGUAAAUUUAGGAGUAGCCUCUUACGUUGAGAGCAUUCUCCUGUAUGCAUUAACAGCUGCCUUCACCCUGGCCCACAUCCAUUAUGGAGUACGAGUGGUAAAGCAACUGAGCAGUCAUUUUCAGAUCUACCCCUUCUCACUGAGGAAACCGAACUCAGAUUGACUAGGAAUGGAAGAAAAGAACAUUGCCCUGUAAUCUACAGAAAGAAGUACUGUCAAUAGAUGCUUGUAAAUACUUCAUCCAUCACCAUUGAACUAAACUGAUCUGCUUGACAGGCGUGGGGUCUCUGUGUGUUUGGUGUUUGGACAGCAGGAAUGAAAUGUGAUCUGAACUUGUGGAAUUGUGGACCUACUAACUCCCAGCUUCUUUUAUUUUAUUUUUUUUUAUAAAACCUUGCAACAUUUUGGUUAAGCAUAACAUGCCUUAGGCCAGCAAAAUGUUCCUACUGAUUUUACCUUUGUGAGUCCAUAAUGUUUUGGUUCAUAGAAAGUUAAAGAUGCUUGGUUUUUAUUUAAAAAAAAAAAAAAACCUACAUUGGCUUAGGAACACUGGUAAUGCUCAGCAAGCCACAGUGAGCUUUCAGAUCUGGUGUUGGGAAUAGGUCUUUGGCUGGGAGCUAUCAAUAGCCCAGAUCUACUGCAGGGCAGAGAAUCAACAAACACUCCCAGCAAAAGAUGCCAAUGAUUACAGAACAGAACAUAGUUGCCAAAUACCGUUUCUCUUUCCAUGGAAAUGCCUUUUGUCCUCACAUGCUAAGAGAGGUUCUCAAGUAUUCUGGUUUCCUUUGUUAUGGAAUAGAUCUUGAUAAAUGGUUUAAUUUUCUUUGCAAGAGAAACAUUCUUUUGAGACUUGGUAGAGAAUGAGUUGUGAUUAUAGCGCAUCCGUGGGCAUAGUUCAUUGUUUACAUGUGACAUUUUUACCCCUCAGCUAUAGGUUGCUGAGAUUUGGUGCCUGUGAGCUGUGAGAGUAGGAACGCCAGUGGCAGGCAUGCAGAUAAUGAACCUGGUAGAGAAAUUUAAAUUGCAGUUAGGAAUCUCUUGAGCCUCACUAGGACCAAAAUGAGUUUUCUAAUUCAAUUUAUUCCUCUGUCCUUGCUUCCUCUUGGUCUCUGUCUCCGUUUUGGGGGUGGGGACACUGUUUUUUAUUUCAUAGAAGAUGAAGCAGAGAGAGUCUCUCUUCCCCAACCUUCCCACUUCUGCACUUGAAGAAGCCUUUUGAUACAGAUGCCUCACUGAGUACGCACUCCCUUUGAUCAUACUGCAGUGAUUUUUGAGGUUUACUGACAACAUAAACAUCCCUUUAACUUAAAUGUGGUUUUAUAAGUCACAUUUUUUUUCAUGAAUGUGGAUUUUUUUUUUUUGACAGUCUUUUAGUUUGGUGGUGGAGAAAUUUACUUGCUGAUUUUCUUUUAUUUUCUACUGAAUGAAGUUUGUGCUUGAAUGAAGAGUGUAUCUUAAACCCUUUUUUUUUGGACAGGUUGCACUUGGAUAAAAUAGGCACCACUGUUGAUAUGUAAUUAAAUUUAUAACCAUUAUUUAUCUAUGAAUGUGACCAUUUGAAAAUUUCAGUAUAGCAUAUUUCUUUGUGAUUCUAGUAUGCUGCUUUGUAAAAAGAUAACAGUUAUUGAUAUUUCAUUUUUAAAAUUCUAAUCAUUGUUGUCCAGGUUAUUAGAGUCAGGGAGCUAGUUCCUAGUUCCAUACUCAAUAGGAAGAUUGUAAAGGCCAAGGUAUAUUUGGUGACUUUCUCUGAGAUAAAAAUGAACACUGGAAAUAGAUGAGAAAUUGAUGAAGGAAAUGUGGAUAGCGACUCCGUGUUUUAAUGAAUUGCUGCAUGCAGUCAGGAAGAACCAGGUGAAGGGAACUGUUUUUUGUAUGCCUGGCUCUGUGUCAUCUAUAAAACUGAUCUGGAUAAAGUGUCAAUUUUGGGGGAAAGAUACUUCAAGAUUUCUAAACUAUAAUCAUUCACUGCUUUGUUGAUCUUCUACACAAGAAUGAGAUUAGUCUGUACUACAAAGAACUGAUAAAUAUUUAUAAGAAGACAAA